AUGCCUCUCGAUUCAGUCCUUCAACUCAGCUGCAGCUGUAACCAAUAUCCCUGGGGAAAGCAGGGCCGUGAUUCUAUUUCAGCACGUCUUUGCGAAAAGACUCCUGGUUGGGAUGGCGAGAAAGCCGACAAGGAAUUCAAGAUCGAUGAUUCCAAGGCCUACGCUGAGAUGUGGAUGGGUACCUACCCCGUCCUUCCUACAUACGUAAAGUCGUCAAUGGAGAACCUGCAAGAUGUCAUCGACAAGAAUGCAGAACAGCUCAUUGGAAAGAACGUCAUUAACAAAUAUGGUCACACCAACCUUCCUUUCCUGCCCAAGGUCCUCUCUAUUGCAAAGGCCCUUCCUCUGCAACUACAUCCCAACAAGGAGCUCGCCGCCAAGUUGCACAAGGAAGAUCCUCAAAACUUUACCGAUCCCAACCACAAGCCUGAGAUUGCCCUCGCUCUAUCCAAAUUCGAAGCUUUUUGCGGUUUCAAGCCCUUGGACCGCAUCGAGCCCCUCUUCAAGAUCGACCCUUUGAAGCAGUUCGUCCCGGAACACAGCAAAUUUGACGAUCAGGUUCUCAAGAAGACCGUCAACACUCUUCUCAAGGCCGACGAGAAGACCGUCAGCUCUGUUGUUGAUGCAUUGACCAAACUUGACAAGUCUGCGUUCGGUCAGGACACCUACAUCCCUGAGCUCAUCCCCCGUCUGGCUGAGCAGUACGACAAGACCGACAACGGUAUCCUUGUUGCCCUCGUCACCAUGAACUACCUCGUCCUCCAGGCCGGCGAGGGUAUCUACAUUCCUGCCGACGGUAUUCACGCCUACCUUGCUGGUGAUAUCAUUGAGUGCAUGGCUCGCAGCGACAAUGUCCUCAACACCGGUUUCUGCCCCAGAGCAGAGCGUAACUCUGCCGACCUCUUCACCUCUACUCUGACUUUCAAGCCUCACGAUCCCGAGGCUUGCAUGUUGCGUGGCGAAUCCUACGACCGUAGCAAGAACGGCAAGACCCAGGUGUACAGACCCCCUAUGAGCGAGUUCAACAUGCUUGUGUCGAGACUGGGCAAGGGCGAGAAGGAGACUCUGGGCGCUGUUGAUGGACCCAGCAUCUUGCUCGUCACCGAAGGCAAGGGCAACUUCACCGCAGAGGGCAAGUCCUACGACGUGUCUGAGGGUAAUGUCUUCUUCAUUGCUCAGGGAACCGAGCUUGAGAUUGAUGCAGCAGACGGUCUGUUCUUGCACACUGCUUACUGCGAGUAA